AUGACUGCUGAACAAGUAAACAUUGAAAAGUCACCAAAUGAUAAGAAUGAUUAUAGAUAUAUUCAGUUGGAGAAUGGAAUGCGCGCGAUAUUGGUACAUGAUCCAACUGCUGAACAGGCCGCUGCUGCUUUGUCAGUGUCGGUGGGAUCGCUGAGCAACCCGGAUGAUUACCUCGGUCUGGCACACUUCCUCGAACACAUGCUGUUCCUGGGCACCGAGCGGUUCCCCAUCGAGAAGGAAUUCGUCCAGUUCAUCUCGAUGAAUGGUGGCUCGUACAACGCCUACACCGACAUGUGGCACACCAACUACUUCUUCAACGUCAACCAGCGCAGCUUUGACGCUGCCCUCGACCGCUUCUCGUCGUUCUUUGUAUCGCCGCUAUUCUCCGAGUCGGCCACCAUGCGCGAGAUCAACGCUGUCGACUCAGAGUACCACGCCAACCUGCAGUCCGACCCACAUCACCAGCACUACGCCACGACAAUGUGCUUCAGCGAUCAUCCCCUCUCGCGCUUUGGCUGCGGCUCGCUCGAGACACUCAACAACCGUCCAGGUCUGCGCGACCGCAUGAUCGCAUUCUACAAUCAGUACUACUCGGCCAACAUCAUGUCGCUCUGUCUGUUGGGCGCCGAAUCACUCGAUGAGCUGGAGGCAUUGGCCCGCAAGUACUUUGCCGACAUAGUCAACAAGAAUAUCCAGGCGCCACGCACACCAGCUCUAUCACUCAGCCAAACCGUCAAGCUUCUUGGUGUGCCCGUCAACGAUGUCAAUAUCCUCAAGGUGUCAUGGCCUGUUCCCGGCCAUCUCUCUUCGUCGCGCGUCUACCAGCAAGAUCCCUGGAGCAUGGCUUCACACAUUCUGGGCCACGAAUCAACUGGCUCGCUGUUUGCCCAUCUCAAGGCUCUCGGCUACGCACACGCUCUGAUGUCGGGACCAGAUGUCCACGACGUCGACACUGACAGCUUCUACGUAAGGAUCGAGCUCACCGAGCUGGGCCUGGCUCACCAGACCGAGGUGAUGGGACAUCUCUACAACUACAUUCAAAUGAUGAUCCACAGCGAGCUUCCCAUUCACCUCUACAAGGAGAAGGAGUUCAUCCAAGAGUUUGGCUGGAACAAUCUUUCCAAGGUACAUCCAAUCCAAUACGUGCUUGCCAUCACCCACAACAUGGGCCUGAUCACCAAUCAUAGCCAUGUUCUCAAGAUGUCGCAUAUGUGCCAGCCAUUCAAUCCCACCCUGUUCAAGGAGGCCGUCAGCUGCCUGUCCUUUGACAACAUGGUCGUGCAACUGUUCUCCAAGUCGUUGGAGGAGCACACAGACUCUGUUCACCAGUACUACAGCUUCAAGUACUCCAAGAGGGCUGUGCCGACUGAGGAGCUGGCCUCCUGGAAGACCGUGCCCAAGACAGACAAGCUGCACUUCCCACGCGAGAACUUGUUCAUUCCAACCGACUUUACUAUCAAGGCCAAGCAGACACGCGAGGUCGUUCCACCUGAGGCCGUGUACAACAAGAACAACGUCUCGGUCGAGUGGGCUCCAGACCACCUGUUCAACACACCCAAGGCAUCCAUUGUCGGCCGUCUGCAGUCCUCGCGCACAGUGACCGCACGUGACUUUGCCCAAGUGUACUUGUUCAAGAUGUCAAUCAAGAGCAUCUUGAAUGAUGAGGUAUUGUACAACGCCCACCUAUGUGGCCUUUCACUCAAGAUGAUCAUCGCCAUCUCGGGCAUUACAAUCGCUACAUCUGGAUACAAUGACAAGCUGGCCACGUUUGUGCUACAGGUGUUCAAGCACCUGAACAACUUUGACAUCUCACAGGAGCUGUUCGAUCUCACGAUGGAGUACGCCCUCCAGAAGCUGGCCAACGCUGCGUUUGCCAAGCCCAUUGAGUUUGGCCUCGACAGAAUGCGUCCAUUCUCAACCAGCAACAAGUUUGCCAUCGAGGAGGAGUUGAUCGCUCUGCAGACAGUCACACGCGAGGAGUUUGUUCAGUUUGUCAGGAGCUACAUCCAGUCACUCAACGUCCACUGGCUUAUCGUCGGAAACAUCAGCAAAGAAGAGGCCAUCCAGUUUGGCGAGUCGAUCAGCAAGGAGAUGAGCAGCAGCGUUGGAUCUCGCGAGUGCGACGUGCAGCAUCCCCGCCGUGUGGCCUACACACCGGGCGUCGAGUACCAUCUGCGUAUGCGCUACCAAGACCCCAACCAAAUGAACUCGGUCGUCAUUGCCUGCUACCAAUUCGGCGAGCUCGAGGUGCGCAAGGCCUCACUGGCACUGCUACUCAAGACCAUUAUGGGCAAGGCAUCUUUCAACGAGCUGCGUACCAUUCAGCAGCUGGGCUACAUUGUACAGACGGUGUCGGACUGCACCAUGCAGACCGUGCAGCUGCGUCUAAUGGUACAGAGCAAUUCUCGCGACGCCGACUACGUCUACGAGCGCAUCAACGAGUUUGUUGUCAACCAAUUCACACAGCAACUCAGGGAGCUCUCGCAAGAGGACUUUGACGCCUACGUCAAGUCCAUCCAAGAGUUGCUCGAGCAGAAGAAGUCCAACAACGACGAGCUAACCAUGAUGUUUGAGGACCUCAGCAGUAACUAUGGCGGCGACUACAAGUUCAGAUCAAAGCAAGUUGCCGAGUUGUCCAAGAUUACAAAGGAUGAUUUGAUUGAGUUCCACUCCAAGUAUCUGGCGUCGGCAUCGGACAGAAGACUGUUUGUCGUCGAGAUGUUUGGCAAUGGACAUGAGAUGAAGGAGCUGGACACCAAGGCCAACCCCAGGAUACGUGUAGUGGACAAUUCAAACGUCUUCAAGCAAUCAAUGAGCUUGUAUCCUACCCGCGCCCUGCUCUAA